AGGAAGACUGCUGAUUUAUACUGUGUAUGAUUGAAAAUAUGAAGAUGAUAGUUACUGUUCUUUAUAUGAUUCUUCUGAACACCGUACUUGAGAUUGACGAAGUAGAAUUGGCAACUUGUUCUGGUUCAAAUCGACACAACUGCUUAUUGAGUCUUCCGAAAACAGUGAAUGAGUGCGAAAAACAACCAUUAUGCAGUUGGUGCCGAAACCAGAGAAAUACGUUAAAAUGUCAAACUGACGACCUUUCAUGUAUUGUACCUGACCACGAGGAAAUACCAGGAGUUAUAACUCAAUAUGUUUGCGAAGUUCUAGGUGGUGUUUUUUGCAAGGGUGACCAAUCAUGCAAAUGUGUUUAUCCCGAACCAGUUCGUUCUGUCUGCGUAAAGAAAAAAAGCAAUCCUGAGUGCCGUGACAGUAGAGGGAAUUCCAUUAUAUUUGAAAAUAUGUGUCAUCGGUACGGCUGUGUUUGGUGCCCUUUUGGCACAAGACCUAAAAAACAUGCAGGGAGAUGUUUCCAAAAACCAGCUGCUUUUACGACAUGCAGCAGCAGUUCCGGUUGUUGCAGAGAUCAAAAUUGUCUGUCGGGACCAUUUUCUGAAGUUACUGAAUGUGAACGUAAGGGUUGCCAUAUUUGUGCGGACGACAAUGACAAUAUUUUAUGUAAUUUCGGGUCUCCUCCACCUCCUUCAAUGCAGUGUUCUGGUUCUAGUGAUAAUCGAUUCAAUUGUUUGGUUGGCCGAGACAAGACACUUUUCAACUGCCUCGCAAACCCUUUUUGCAACUGGUGCCCGGAUCUGACCAACAUGCGGAAAUGUCAAACAACAAACCGUGCCUGCAUAACACCCGAUCACGAAGAGGUUGCUGGUGGACACAAUACUAAAGCAUCAUGCCAGGCAAAUGGUGGAGUGUUCUGUGACGGAGAUCGAAAAACUAAAUGUGUUUACCCGGAACGUAUUCGUUCAAUCUGCUUGAAAAAACACACAAACCAAUUGACGGAGUGUACAAAUGUUGCUGCAAGAGCAUCUGAGAUACUUUGUCAUCGGGCCAAAUGCGUGUGGUGUCCUGCUAACAUAUAUCCAACAAAGCACCGAAAUAAGUGUUUCGAGAGACCACCAAGAGUGGGUUGUGGACGUGAGACAUGCUGUCGAGAGUUCACGUGUCUCUCUGGCCCUAAUCCAAAUCCAGAUCUAUGUAAGGCUAAGGGUUGCCACAUCUGCACGGACAAGAAUGGCGAUGACCUGUGUAAUUUCGGAGAAGCACCUCCACCUACGACGACUACUUCAACUACGACUACUCCAACUACUACGACUCCCACUACAACUACUCCCACUACAACUACUCCCACUACAACUACUCCCACUACAACUACUCCUACCACGACUACUCCAACUACGACUACUCCCACUACAACUACUCCUACCACGACUACUCCAACUACGACUACUCCCACUACCACUACUCCUACCACGACUACUCCCACUACGACUACACCUCAUCCUGACAACUGCAAAGUAAUCGAGAACAGUGAGGACUGUUUUUCUGAUACAACUGCAUCUCCUAGCGAAACAAUAUGUAUGGAAAUGGGAUGUACUUGGUGCCGGAAUCCUGAAACAGCAAUAUAUAUUUGCAGACGAGAAUCGUUUCCGGAUACCUGCACUUCAAAUAUUCUAUGUCCUACUCCGAAUUUGGACACAUUCCCAAAAUGUAAAUCUCGCGGCUGCGAGUGGUGUGGCUCUGAAACCUCAUUCGCCGAUUGCCAAGCCUCAACCUAUUGCACUACUUGUGAUUGUGAGGACCGUGUCAACUGUCAUGCUGGAUCGGCCGCUGCGUGCGAGGAAAAACUAUGCUUGUGGUGUCCAGCAGCAACUGAUUUUAAAUGCAUGAACUUGGAUUCGGAAGGAAUAACUACCCCAGGAGUAUGGACUCUGUGUUCACGGACAUGUGGAACUGGAUCCCAGUGGCAAUACGAUCCAAAUUGCAAUUUAGAAAGUUUUUAUAUGUGUCCGAGAAUACAUAGGUUAUGUAACGUAGACGUCAUUUGUCCUCCAUUUGAGUUUUGCGAUAAUGGUCAUAGACCAAGGCAUGUGGAUGGCGGAGCAUGUUGUGAAGACCACACUUUGGAUUGUGGAAGAAAUCCUUACAACACAGGUGGAAAACGACGAAAGAAAAGGGUCGUCGGAGGAACGAAUAUAAAUACAAUUGAAAACCAACCCUGGCUGGUCGUUAUAUAUAUCGAAGAAACGCAGAAAUGUACGGGAACAUUGGUUUCAAAUAUGCACGUUAUUACCCACGAAUCAUGUAUUAGCGGGAAACUUCCAGCAGAUAUUGUAGUCAACCUUGAGCAGUAUGACAGGGCUAGCCCCCCAACAAACCAGAAAAAUGUGGCAUCGUUGUUUACCCAAGGUGAUAUCGGACUGAUAGUGUUGGAUGCACCUGCUGUCACGAUCACUACUACAGUUCACCCUCUUUGUCUACCCGGAGGUGAAUUCCCCAAAAUUGAUACGGAUUGUAUUAUAGCUGGAUGGGGGAUAACUGACCCAGCUACAACUGAUUGUACGUCCCAAGCACACGAAGCAACGGUACGCACAUUGCCAUGGGGCCUAUGCGAACAAGCCUGGGCUGGGAGUGGAGUUAGCGAUGCCGAUAAGUAUUUUUGCGCCGGUAAUCCAGAAGUAGGAGGACCAGAUGCUUGUACGGGUGAUAAAGGCGGGCCAUUGAUGUGCCAAAGAUGCGAAAACUGUGGAUGGUUUCUAGCUGGUGUCGCUACCCCUUAUAUUGGAUGUGGGGAAGUUAUGAAGCCUACUGUUUACGCCAGAGUGGACGCUGUUGAGCAAUGGCUCGUGAAUAAUAUGGCUGUACCAGUUUUAGAUCCCGGACCAUAUUCUUGUUAAUAUGUCUAAUAAUAAACGGAGGCCCGAGUAUAAAAUUGAUAUCAUUUCAUCUUCAAUUGGCGACUUCCAAUUUAAAAUAAUAUACAAAUGAUAUGCAGGUAGCUUAUGCAGCCUAUAUUUUUGUUUGAAAUUUUUAGCCAGUGAUUUAUGAUGAAUUUACUUAGUUUUUUACUAAAUCUGUUUUCGG